GGGGAAAAUGGGCUUUACUCGGCUGUCGUGCUAGGACAUAACGCCUACUUCGGGACUAUAACUUCCCCAGGAAUUGUGGUGAGGCUCGAUCUGACGACAUUCAGACGGCUAGACAACGUUACGCUGAAUGCCGGGGAGGAUUACCUCUAUUCUGCUGUUAUAAGUGGCGAUUACGCAUAUUUUGGGACAAACACUGCUCCAGGAAAAGUGAUAAAGAUCAGAAUGUAGGGUGGGUACUAUGUGACUGAGAAGCUUU